AUGGAUAAUAAAGAAGCAGAAAUGGAUUGCACUGAAUUAAAGAUGAGUAACGCAGUCGAACAAAAGGUUGAAGAAAUUGUGAGAAAAGAACCCAUCUGGAUUUUCGGUUAUGGAUCUUUGUGCUGGAAUCCCGGCUUUGGCUACCAACAAUCAUGUAUCGGAUAUAUAACAGGAUUUUCUAGAAGAUUUUGGCAAGGAAACACUACACAUCGCGGCACUGAUGCCAAGGGAAUCACAUGGGGAAAAGCGUUCCUAAUAUCAGCUGACGACAAAGCAGCGCUGCCGUAUUUAUCGACUAGAGAGUGCAAACUAGGAGGUUACAGAGUUUACUCAGUGAAUUUCCAUUCCAGGUCAAUAAGUCUACCUUCUAGUUCUACAACCACUGAUACAAAAACCGCGCUUCUAUAUAUAGCAGUUCCUGAAAAUAAGCAUUGGCUAGGGUCCGCUCCUUUACCAGAUAUUGCCAAACAGAUACUCGAAUGCCACGGCUCUUCAGGCUCGAACGUAGAAUAUCUCCUAAAAUUAGCUGAUUUCAUGAGAAUGGAAGUUCCCGAAGCGCUAGACGAACAUCUCUUCUCCUUGGAGAGGCUAGUAUGGAAGUUUGCUGCGGACAUGAAAAUAUGUUUAAGAUCAUUGAUGAGUGAUGAGAAAGAUGAGGUUAAGCCAGAAGUUAAAACACCCAGCUUCCAAUUCGCUUCGAGAAUACCUGAUAAGAAAUUACGUUGUGUGAACAUGUGA